AUGCACAAUACAGAAAUUCCGCAGGGGGAGUGCAUUGUACAACGCAGGUACGGCCUGGAGGCCUCCGUCUCCCUCACACUGCGGGACCCGGCCAGCUUCUUCUCUGACGAGGAUCCAGACGCGCCAGGCGCGCCCCCAAACUAUAACUUCACAGUGACGGUGUCGCAGGGUCCGGCAGACAGUGCUGCAAGCGGCGGCGGCGGCGGCAGCACGGGUGACCAGGGAGCUGUCCGCGGCGCACCUGCUGGUGCGGCCGGCGGAGUUGGGGCCGGCGGCGGCGGCGGCGGCGGCGGCGGCGGCGGCGGCGGCAAGAGCUCCGCCAACCGCGUCCGCAGCCAAAGCGGCGGCAGUGGUGGCGGCGGGGCGUCGUCCUCCUUGAGCAGCUACCUGCGUGGGGCCGGCCGCAAGGCGUUCCACGGCAGCGGCGGCGGCGGCGGCGGCGGCGCAGGAGGGCAAGGGGGCUACAGCUCGCUCGGAAGCGAGCUGCGGGAGCGGCUCGCGGCGGAGCUGCAGCGGCGCACGGUGCAGGUGGCGCUCGAAUGGGACCGGCCCAACGUGUGA